AUGUCCGAAAGGAUUCCGGAUGACGACAAGGCCAUACCAGCGGUCGAUAUUCUGUUCCUCGGUAGCCCUGGGGUGGGCAAAUCCACAUUCUUGUCCCGGCUUGAGCAUGUGCGCAAUGGCAAACUCGAUAAAUCCGUUUCCCCAACCCGCGUGGUCGCACCGUUAGCAUUCGAUGUGAAGUUGUUCAAUCGACCGUACAGGUUCCGCAUUCACCCAUCCACAUCGACCCUCUUCAUCGAUGCGUUCCCUCCGAAACCUGCGUUUACCAUCAUUGCAUUCUCCAUCUCCUCUCGCGAAUCGCUACACAAUGCGCAAUACUAUUGGCGCAAGCAAUUGUCUAUGCACUAUGACGAGCUCGAGCACGAGAUGCCAGUCAUGCUGUUGGGUCUGAAGAGGGACGAACGUACCGAGGACCGUCGGGAAGAUGGGACGUUCGAGUGCGUGAUGCCGCAAGAGGGUUUGCGUGCCGCUCAAGAGAUGCGCUGUGAUCGGUACGCGGAGUGUAGUGCCGUGACUGGAGAAUUGAUGUGGGAGGUACUCGAGGACAUCACGCGCACCGCAGCCAGGACUACUACAGAGAACGGAGGGUUGAGCCAACAGGGCGAUUGCUGUGUGAUGUGA